GUUUGGUUCUGUUUCAGUUCUGCCGGGCCAUCUGGACCUGCAGUUGAUCCGUUUAUCUCCCAGCGUCUUACAGAGGAUUACUCUCAGGAGGAUCGGGGCUCUGCGGCAGCAUGGCUCGGUUCGGACCGCUGCUGCUCCUGGUCGGCCCGGUGCUGGUUCUGGCCGGGGUCCGGCAGCCAUUGCCUGUCCUGUUCAUGGUGCCGGUCGGGUCCAGGUCCGGUGGGGAGAACCUGACAGCCAGCCUGCUUCCAGCUGUCAGUCUGGCUCUGCAGGACCUGGAGAGACAAACGGCGCCGCUGGGGAAGUACCAGGUCCAACUGCAGCUGCUGGACUCACAGUGUGACCCAGCCAAAGCCCUGAAAGCGUUGUUUGACGCCUUGUGGGCGGGGCCCAGGUACCUGCUGAUGCUGGGGGGGGCGUGUCCAUCUGUGACAUCACUCAUCGCUCGCGCUCUGCCAGCGCUCGGCCUCCUGCAGGUGUCCUUUGAGGCUCCGCCCCCCAGCCUGUCCAACAGGAAGUGGUACCAGCACCUGUUCAGCACGGCGCCGCCGGUCCGCACCGUGAACCUGGCCACGGUGAAGCUGCUGCAGCGCUUCAGGUGGAGGAGGGUGGGGCUGCUCACCCAGGACCGGCCGGGACCCACUGAGAUGACCAGAGAUCUGACCCGGCAGCUUCUGAGGGCUGACGUCCAGCUGGCCGCCGCCGAACGCUUCUCUGGGGACGCCUGCAGCGGCCUGAGGAGGCUGCAGGAUGAAGAUGUCCGCAUCAUCGUAGGACAUUUUGAAGACGGUUCUGUGACGGAGGUGUUCUGCUGUGCGUUCAGACUGGGCCUGUUCGGACCUCGGUACCAGUGGAUUCUGGCUGCUGGACGACCUUCUGGGUGGAGGCUGGGAUGGCAGCCCUCCAGCUGCUCUGCUAGCAGCCUGCUAACGGCAGCAGAUGGAUCCUUCAGGCUGCAGGUCAGACAGCUCAGCAGCACCAACACGCCUGGAGUCUCCGGACGGACUCCUCAGGAGUACCUGAAGUCGUACCUGAAGCAGCUGAACCAGGAGGGGUCAGAGGUCGACCCCCUCCACGCCUUUGCCUACGAUGCGGUUUGGGUCGCCGCCCGGGUUCUGGUUCAGGUGAAGGAGGCGGCGAAGAUCAGGAGAAAGUUCAGCUCUCUGAGGAACGCCUCCGUUAGCGAGGAAGAGGAGGGGAAGAUGCUGCUGGAGGCCGUGAAGAGCACACAGUUUGAAGGAGUAACAGGUCCGGUUUCCUUCCGGAACGGCGAGAGGAUGACGGUGAUCGAGCUGAUCCAGUUUCAGGGUGAGGAGAGCCGACCCGGUUCCGGUUCCGGCGCCGCACCGAUGCUCAGCAGAGUUCUGGUGGGCGAGUUCAACACGAGUCACCAGCAGGUCCGAGUCCUGAACCAGCUGCUCAGGUUCAAAGGUCAGGAUGGCUCCUCUCUGCAGCUCAGCUUCUAACUCAGCUAUGGAGAGAAAAUAGUCCCAAAACUAUUACAGGCGAAGAACACCUUUCAAAAAUUUAUGAGCUUCUGGAUCUAAAAAUACUUUUGUGCAGCAGCUGAACUCACAUCCACACUUCGCUUUUCUUCCUCCAGAUUUUAUUUUUUCAAAAGUUUUGACACAUUGCACUUGUUAAACACCGGCCAACAGAAAUGCUGUUGCUAACAUCCGUUCAGACAAAUAGAAAUGUGUCUUUGCAGCACCCAUAUAAUUAUUAUUUUUUAAAUUAUUAGAAAAAAUUAUUCUUCGAUUUUUUUAUUUCAAAAUUAUUUGAAAACAAAUUGUUUCAAGAAGAAUUUUAAAAGGAACAUCCAUGUUUGCAUAAAUGUUUGUGAUUGUUAUGCAAACCUCAAAUGUUGCUUCAACUUCUGUAUAAACUUAUUGUCAGAGAAGAUUUUCAAAGUUUCACUUAUGAAAUGCAUUUCUUUCUAAUUUAAAUUAUGAAACAUUUUCUUUGCCUGUCAUGAUGUAUUUUGUAAAUCCUGGUACUUGCUGCCUCUCGGCCUGGAAAAGACGAGUUUGAUCCGUUUCUCCUGGUUGAAUAAAGAUUAUUAUAAUUAUUGGUUUAUUGUC